UUAAGCCGCUUGACUUUACACUUCUGGUGUGGAGAACCCAGAAGGAGGUUCAGUCCUCUGAGGUCCUGACAGCGGCAGCUCAGACACCCUGGGGGCCCAGGCACAGCGAGCGCUCGCCCCUUGAUGUCCGCUCCACAGUGUGGGGACAUCUGAAGGGCCCUGCAGGAGACAGGAUAAAGGGAAAGUUCCUCAAAGCAUCCCAGGGCAGCUCUGGACUGGCAGCUGGUCACCAGCUAGGGCGAGGCAGUGUGAAGGGCCUCGGACUAAUUUUGCCACUGGUCCCAAGCAGCAGGUUGAGGUCAGGGCUCGCUGACCACCAGGACCAGCUCUGUGCAUGGCCUUCGAGGAGCUCUUGGAGCGAGUUGGGGGCGUGGGUCGCUUCCAGACUCUGCAGGUUGCCACCCUGCUCCUCCCAGCCAUCUUCACACCUUUCCAGCUGCUUCUGGAGAACUUCUCAGCCGCUGUCCCAGACCACCGCUGCUGGACCCACAUGCUGGACAAUGGCUCUGAGACCCCCGCCAACCUUACCCAGGAGGCCCUCCUGGCCGUGUCCAUCCCACUGGGCCCCGAUCAGCAGCCCCAGCCGUGCCGCCGCUUCCGCCAACCACAGUGGCAGCGCCUGGACCCCAAUGCCACGGCUGCCAACUGGAGCGAGGCUGCCACGGAGCCCUGUGUGGACGGCUGGGUGUACGACCACAGCACCUUCACUGCCACCGUGGUGACCAAGUGGGACCUGGUGUGUGACUCUCAGGGCCUGAAGCCCAUGGGACAGUCCAUCUACAUGGCCGGCAUCCUGGUGGGGUCCUUCAUCUGGGGCCUCCUGUCCUACCGGCUCGGGCGGAAACCGAUGCUGAGCUGGUGCUGCCUGCAGGUGGCUGUGGCUGGUGCCAGCACAACCUUUGCCCCGAAUUUCCCCAUCUACUGCAGCCUCCGGUUCCUGAGUGCCUUUGGAAUGGCUGGCAUCAUCCUAGUGUCAUCAAUACUGAUGGCAGAGUGGACCACGACCCGCAGGAGGGCUGUCACCAUGACGAUACUGGGAUGCACCUACAGCACAGGCCAGAUGGCUGUGGCAGGCCUGGCCUUCACCCUGCGGGACUGGCAGGAUCUCCAGCUGGCCGUGUCCGUGCCCUUCUUGGCCUUCUCCUUGGUAUCUUGCUGGUUGCCAGAAUCUGCCCGAUGGCUGAUUAUCACAGGCCGACCAGACAGAGCCCUUCAGGAGCUCAAAAAGGUGGCGAGGAUAAAUGGCCAAAACGAGGCCAAAAAGACACUGACCAUACAGGUGCUGAGGUCCAGCAUGGAGGAGGAGGCCGUUUCUGCGAGGACACACCAGUCGGUGCUGGACCUGUUCCGCAUGCCCACGCUCCGCAAGACGACCUGCACCAUGCUGAUGGUGAACUUCUCCGUGCAGCUGUCCUACUACGGGCUGGUCCUGGACCUGCAGAGCCUGGGCAGGGACAUCUUCCUCCUGCAGGCCCUCUUCGGGGCUGUGGACUUCCUGGGCCGGGCCACCACUGUCCUGUUGCUCAGGUUCCUUGGCCGCCGAAUGACCCAGGCUGGCUCCCUGGCCCUGGCUGGCUUCUGCAUCCUGGCCAACGGACUAAUGCCUCAAGAUCUGCAGAGCCUGCGUGUGGCCCUUGCCGUGCUGGGGAAAGGAUGCUUCGGCAUCAGCCUGACCUGCCUCACCAUCUACAGGACAGAGCUUUUCCCCACUCCGCUGAGGAUGACGGCGGAAGGUUUCCUGCAAUCUGUCGGCCGCCUGGGGGCGAUGGUGGGCCCCCUGGUCCGGAUGGCCCGCCAGGCCCUGCCCUUGCUGCCUCCACUGGCCUAUUGUGUCAUCCCUGUGGCUUCCAGCCUGGUUCUCCUGCUCUUCCUCCCGGAGACCCGGGGUCUUCCACUGCCCGACACCAUCGGGGACCUGCAGGGCCGGAGAUCGGCUGCAGCUGGGGGCCACCGGCAAGAGGCGGUCAUUAUGGAAAGCACCUGGCUCUAGGAGUUCUGCCUGCAUGGAGCCCCUUUGACCAAAAACACUCGAGGAAGAAUUGCCUCUUCUCCAGUCUGAGGGUUCCAGAGAAAUGGGCACCCCCAGG